AUGCAAUUCUCAACCAGCGCCGCUCUCCUUGCCUUUGCCGCAGUUGCUUCUGCCGCCCAUGGCUCCAGCUCUGCCUACGAUAGCUACAGUUCGAGCUCUGCCCACAGCAAUGUCACUUACACCACCCAAGUUGUCACCGCCUACACCACCUACUGCCCUACCCCCACCAAGAUCACCCAUGGCAUCCACACCUACACGGUCACUGAAGCCACUACCUUGACCAUCUCUGACUGCCCCUGCACCGUCAGCGUUCCAGUGUACACCUCUAGCGUCACCAGCUGCACUACUUGCUCCUACUCCUCUGACGCGAAGCCCGUCUACCCAACCAGCAUCCCCAGCGUCCCGAGCUCCAGCGCAGUCAAACCAAGCAGCGUCAUCCACCCCGUCCCGAGCUCCAACGGUACCGUGCCAUCUGGCCCCGUCUCACCACCAAAGACACCAGUCCCCAGCGCCUCGACAUCCUACAGCCCCAGCUCCCGCGUCAAUGGAACCUCACCUCCCAUCGCCACCUACACCGGUGCUGCUGCCGCCAAGAUGGAUUUCAUGGGAGGGAUCGCUGGUGCAGGACUGAUGGGCUUGGUUGCGCUGAUGCUGUAA